AUUUGUGAAGACGGUGGGAAGAGAACAUCGAACCCUCCAGAGGUCAUCCCAGCACAAGCAAGGUCACCGCUCCACAUCCAGCCGCCAUUUUUAUUCUUCCUCACCUCCAAGGGCACAAGAUAUCACAAUGGGGAGCGCACGAGACAUGCUAAGUGACGAUCUGGUGGAGGAAUUCCAGAUGGCGUUCGACAUGUUUGACCAGAAGGGGGAGGGCGAGAUCAGCGUGCAGAACCUGGGGACCAUCCUGAAACAGAUCGGGCUGAACCCCAGCCGCAAGGAGCUGGAGGAAAUCAUGGCGGAGGCUGACGAGGACGGCAGCGGCACGAUGGAUUUUGACGAGUUCCUGGAGCUGAUGGCGAAACAGAUGCACCAGGAGGAGGGCGAGCUGAACGAGGACGAGGUUCGGGCUGCCUUCAGGGUCUUCGACAAGAACAACGACGGAUUCAUCAGCAUGGCCGAGUGGAAGGCGAUGGCGGAGGCGUGUGAUGAGAACCUGAGUGAGGCCGAGCUGAACGAGUUGAUGGAGGAGGGAGACGUCAACAGGGACGGACGGCUAGACUAUGAUGAAUUCAAAGAGUACCUGGUCAACUUCCAGAUCAAGUGGUAACUUGGUGAUCAGGACGCGGUAGGCGGUACUCGGGAUCCCGCCCGUACAGCCGAUCCAGGCCAGAUCCAGAUCCGCAGGGAGAUCAUCAGAUCCACAUUGAUCACGUGUCAUAGCAUGCAAGUUCAUCAAUCAAUCAAUCAAUCAAUCAAUCAAUCAAUCAAUCAAUCAAUCAAUCAAUCAAUCAAUCAAUCAAUCAAUCAAUCAAUCAAUCAAUCAUCCGCGGGCUUCAGGGUAGAAGCAUGGCGGCCGUAGACAGCUGUCUCCAGAGGCUCCAGCUGUCUCUUCAAGUUCAUCUGAGUUGGUAAAAUACAUGAAGAAAGAUAAACUGUUGUCCAACUCA